GGGAACAUGAGGCUGCCACUCUUGGUGUUUAUUGUAUAUCUGCUGUGGCUGAAAGAUCGUCACUGUGCACCUACUUGGGGGGACAAAACUGCCAUCCACGGACACCUGAAGGGUUUUUCCGAUGCUGGGGAGAUAGAUGUAGAUGAAGAGGUGAAGAAGGCUUUGAUUGGUAUGAAGCAGAUGAAAAUCAUGAUGGAAAGGAGAGAGGAGGAACAUACCCAUCUAAUGAAAACCCUGAAGAAAUGCAGAGAAGAAAAGCAGGAGGCCCUGGAGCUUAUGAAUGAAGUUCAGGAACAUCUGGAAGAGGAAGAAAGGCUGUGCCAGGCGUCUUUGACAGAAUCCUGGGGCAAAUGCAAGUCCUGCCUGGAAAGUAGCUGCCUGAGAUUUUAUACAGCCUGCCAACCUCGUUGGACCUCUAUGAAAAAUACGGUUGAACAGUUUUUCAGGAAAAUAUAUCAGUUUCUGUUUCCUUUCCAUGAAGAUAAUGAACAAGACCUCCCUGUUGGUGAGAAGGUCAUUGAAGAAGAUGCACAACUGACCCAAAUAGAGAAUGUAUUCAGCCAAUUAACUGUGGACGUGAGAUUUCUCUAUAACAGAAGUUUUAACGUCUUCAAACAGAUGCAGCAAGAAUUUGACCAGGCUUUUCAAUCAUAUUUCAUGUCAGAUACAGACUUAAUUGAGCCUUACUUUUUUCCAGCCUUAUCCAAAGAGCCCACGAAAAAAUCGAAUCUUGUGCAAAGUUGGGACAUUCCCAGCUUCUUCCAGCUGUUUUGUAAUUUCAGUGUCUCCAUUUAUCAAAGUGUCAGUGCAACGAUUACUGAGACGCUGAAUGCAAUAGAGGAUUUCCCAAAACAAGACAAAGACUCUGACCGUGGAGGCCCGAGUUCAAAGAUGCUGCCUGUGGGGGACAGAGGACUGUGUGGAGAUCUUGGCCAGAAUUUGUCAGAAUGUUUCCAAUUUCAUGCAAGAUGCCAAAAAUGUCAGGAUUACCUAUGGGAAGACUGUCCUGAUGUACCUGAACUGCACUCAAAAGUGGAUGAGGCCCUUAAACUCGUCAACAUAUCCAAUCAGCAGUACACCCAGGUUCUCCAGAUGACCCAGCAGCACCUGGACGACACCGCGUAUCUGAUGGAGAGGAUGCGAGAGCAGUUUGGCUGGGUGACUGAACUGGCAAACCAGACCCCAGGAACUGAGAACAUCUUCAAUUCCAUAGAGGUAAUUCCAGGUGUUCCUGAAGGAAAUUUUUCCAAACGAGGUGACAUGACGAUAGACUUCAACAUUCUGCCUUCGCCCAAUGUCACACUCAAGAUCCCUCUUGAAGAAAGUGCUGAGAAUUCUAACUUCCUUAGCCACGUGCUGGCAAAAGCUGUACAGCAUUUUAAGGAACAUUUCAAAAUUUGGUAGGCAGAGUGUCUGAUGCGGAAUGCUUUGUUGACAGGAACAGAUGAUUCAUAAAAGGAAAAAACCGCAAAACUAGUUUUAAAACACCUGGAAAAUAUGUUCAACCUCAUUAAUAAUCAUAGACAUGAAAACUAAGACAAAAUAGAAUGUUUUACCUAUCAAAUUUGCAUGUUAAAAAAAUAAGAAUCCUGAUAGGAGUGUGAUGAAAUGGGAAUUCUUACGUUAUUGGUGGGAACAUAACUGUUUUUUUCCUUUUUGAAGAGUUAUUGGAUUAUGCUUGUCAAGAGCCAUAAAAUGUUUUUGAUACAAUAAUUCCACUUCUGGAAUCGAUCCUAAGGAAGAAAUCUAAAUUUGAUUAUAAGUCCCCCUCUUAUCCCAACAUCUAUAUUUGCAGAAUUCUUUAAAAUAGUAAAAUAUUAAAAACAAUGUUAGGGGCCAGCCCCGUGGCCAAGUGGUUAAG